CAGCCACCUAGUCGGGACUUCUAUGAAGUAGCUAGCUGUCAACAAACUAAAGCAACCACAUUUCGUUUAUUUGGACUAUUUCUCACGCACAAGGGCAGCAUGCAUUGACGACGGACUUGAGAUAUAACGUAGAGAUGUUACAGAUUUUCUGAGUCAGGACCGACGAGGAAUGUUCAGGAAUUCUUUAUUGUAUUGUUGACUUACUAGCUCGGAAGUUAGCUAAGUUAGCCAGAGAGCUUACUGAAUUUAACUAGCUGACAGCUAGUUUAGCUCCUCUCGCUGCCCUUACUUUUAUUCCUUUAUCUAAGGUACCGGCCACCAAAAUAGUCGUUUGGUGCCUCCAUAAGUUGCUGCCAUGGCUGACAGCAGCAUAGUGACUUUAGGGACAGCUCGGAGUCUGCUCGUGGAUUCUUCGGUCUAUGAUUCCAGGAUCGCCGAAACCACCAAGGACCAUGUAUUUCUGGGCAUGGCAUGUGAAGAUGGGGAAGAUAUGCUGCCAAAAGUGGAGACAAGGGUUGUUCUGGUGGGAGAAGCUGGCAGAAUUGAAGCGCUGGUCAAAGCACUGCAGGCCAUCAGAGUAAUGGAGGUACCGGUGGUAAAGAUAAGAGAAGGCGAGGCGGGUGCCGAGGAGAAAAUGAUGAUAAAAUCUAUAGUCAAUAUGGACAUCAGCAUCCCGUGCAUAAUGACAGACAAUGUCCAGGAGUUUGGAGAUGGAGAUAACACUGAUUUUGAGACAGUGUUUGUCCUCACAGACUUUGAUUCUCCCGACUACAGCUACCUCUACAAACGUGACAACCGUAUCGUUGGGCCUCCUGUUGUGCUGCACUGUGCUGCAAAGGAGGAACCUCUACAGUUUUCAUGUCGUCCUCUCUACUCCACCACAAUGCUUAACCUGUCGCUGUGUUUCACUGGCUUCAGGAACAAAGAGGAAAUGAAGAACUUGGUGAAUCUGGUUCAUCACAUGGGUGGGACCAUCCGGAAAGAUUUCAGCACCAAGGUUACUCAUCUCAUUGCCUACUCCACUCAUGGAGAGAAAUACAGGCUGGCAGUGUGCAUGGGGACUCCCAUUCUCACUCCAUCGUGGAUUCACAAGGCCUGGGAAAGAAGAGAUGAUGUGCACUUUCAUGCAGGAGAAGAAGAGUUUCGAACAGAGUUCAAAGUGCCUCCGUUCCAGGACUGCAUCCUCAGUUUCUUGGGUUUCUCAGUUGAAGAGAAGGCCAACAUGGAGGAGAGGACUCUCAAACACGGUGGGAGUUAUCUUGAGGUUGGAGAUGAAAGGUGUACACACAUGGUAGUGGAGGAAAACUCAGUAAAGGAACUGCCGUUUUCUCCCUCCAAGAAACUCUUUGUGGUCAAACAGGAGUGGUUCUGGGGAAGCAUUCAGAUGGACGCUCGGGCUGGAGAGUCCAUGUACCUCUACGAGAAGAAUGACAGCCCAGCCAUGAAGAAGGCAGUGUCCCUCCUGUCCCUCACCACCCCCAACAGUAACCGUAAGCGUCGGCGUCUGAGGGAGACCCUGGCACAGCUCGCCAAGGAGACAGAGAUCUCCCCUUUCCCUCCACCACGCAAAAGGCCAUCAGCAGAGCACUCCCUGUCCAUGGGUUCUCUGCUGGACAUCUCUAACACCCCUGAGACAUGCAAGGCCUUGGCAGAGAGUUCAAAGCCAUCUAAGAGUUCCACUCCUGUUCUGUCCAAGCAGUCAGCCAGGUGGCAGGUCUCCAAGGAGUUCUACCAGACUGAGAGCAACUACGUAGACAUUUUAAGCACCAUCCUACAGCUUUUCAAGCUUCCAUUGGAAAAAGAGGGGCAAGUGGGUGGACCCAUCCUGGCCCAAGAAGAAAUGAAGACAAUAUUUGGCAGCAUCCCUGAAAUCUACGAGGUUCACACCAGAAUAAAGAGUGACCUUGAGGAGCUCCUGUCAGACUGGUCAGAGGACCGGAGUGUUGGAGAUAUCAUUCUCAAAUAUUCUAAAGAGCUGGUGAAGGCCUACCCACCCUUUGUCAACUUUUUUGAAAUGAGCAAGGAGACAAUUGUUCGGUGUGAGAAACAAAAGCCACGCUUCCAUGCUUUUCUCAAGAUCAAUCAGGCCAAGCCAGAAUGUGGCAGGCAGACACUAGUGGAACUGCUCAUCAGACCUGUACAGAGACUGCCUAGUGUGGCCCUUCUUCUUAAUGAUAUAAAGAAGCAUACAUCAGAUGACAACCCGGACAAAAUAACACUGGAGAAAGCAAUUGAGUCUCUGAAAGAAGUCAUGACUCACAUCAAUGAGGACAAGAGGAAGACUGAAGGCCAGAAGCAGAUCUUCGAUGUUGUAUAUGAAGUUGAUGGCUGUCCUGCCAACUUGCUGUCUUCCCACCGCAGUCUGGUUUACAGAGUAGAAACGAUCGCCCUGGGAGACCAGCCCUGUGACCGUGGAGAAAAUGUCACACUCUUCCUCUUCAAUGACUGCCUCGAGAUUGCGAGGAAGCGACACAAGGUGAUCAAUACGUUUAAGAGUCCGCUGGGACAGACGAGACCACCACCCCCGCUUAAACACAUCGCACUGAUGCCACUCUCCCAGAUCCGAAGAGUGCUAGACCUGCAGGACACAGAAGAGUGUGUGAAUGCAUUUGCCUUGGUGGUUCGCCCUCCAACUGAACAGGAGAACUUGUUGUUCAGCUUCCAACUGGCUGGAGAGGAAACGGUUAAAAGCGCCUGGCUGAGAACACUUUGCCGCCAUGUCGCCAACACCAUCUGCAGGACUGAUGCGGAGGAUCUGAUUCAGUGUACAGACCCAGACUCACUGCAGGUCAGCACCAAGGAUAUGGACAGCACCCUGAGCAAAGCCUCCAGGGCCAUCAAGAAGACCUCUAAAAAGGUGACGAGGGCAUUUUCUUUCACGAAGACUCCGAAGCGUGUGAUCCAGAGGGCUUUCAUGGCCAGCAGUACUCCAGAAGAGAAAAGCCAAAGGCUGAGUUGUGAAAACCGCGUUGGCAGCAGCUCCACACUGGCGGCACAUCAUUCUCCCUCCAUGGUCAAUCUGCCUUCCAUGUUUGAGAGGAAGUACCACACAUUCAGUCGUUCGACCACCCACCUUUUCUGAUUGGGAGCACCAGCAGGAGUCAUACCAUCUUUACCUUGACUGCUGCUAACAGCAAGUCCUAACUGGACAGGCGUAUGUGUAUAAAGUUAAAGCUACCUGUAAAUUAUGGCAAACUACCAUUUGUCUAUACUGGAGCUCCUCAUAGACUUUUCAAACCUACAGGAAGUGGCAUUUAGCCACAUUUGGAAAAAUGCACUGAAAAAUUCACAAUCGUCCAGCUUCUGUUAGAGUGCUUCACAGCUGAAAUUUGGGCCCAGAACGGUUAAACAAUAAACCAGUUGUUCGUCAAUCUGAUGCCUAACGUGAUGCAUUCAGCUAAUACUGCCCACAUCUGACAAGGCAGUAUGGUGUGUCUUUCCAAAUGCACAAUGCUUGAACUAAGACUGUUUUACUAAGAGCUAAUUGGAUCGGUACUGCACCAUGCUAGGGGCUACAGCUGUGUGGUGGCCGUUGGAAUGUAAGUUUGCCUUACCCUUAAAAAGAUGAAGGAUGCUCUGCUUUUUGUCUGCAGUUGUUAAUGGAUUAUCUUGAUUUAUUUGUUAAUAUACUUGCCUGUUUAGCUUCCUGGUUGGUUACCAUUGUUGGAAGUGUUAACACUAAAUAAAAAUCACAUCUUUUCUCUGUUUUAAAUAGGGACUUUGAGUUGUCCCCAGGUGUCCCUGGAUGCUAUUUUUAUUUCCUUGUGCUUUGGUAAAGUAAAAUAACAUUUAAUUCUGAGAUGUUUAGGUAUUUCUAUAUAACAAAUGCAGAUUGUUAAACUUUUUGUGUUUCUGACAUACUAAAGAUACAGGGUUGACUUCUCUUGCCCUUUACUUUGAGACUUUUUUUUUUAAUUAACCUACUCAGUAAGAGACCUUUAUAUUAACUGACAUUAAAUGUUUUAUUUUAGUGGGGUAGACUUAAUUUCACCUGAUAUAAUAAUAUGGUAAUUAUCCCAUCCUCAACAUUUAAAGCUAUGAUAGCUUCCAGCUUUUAUAAAGCUUCUAUUUGGCAUCCUUUAGAGAUUUGGUUGAGGAGAACAAAAAGCAUUCCUGCUCUUGUUCCCUGUACGGCCAUCCAUGUUUUAAAAGAUCUUUUUAAAGUGUGUCUGUGCGUAUCUGUGUGUGUUUAAGAAGGAAGGCUGCGUCAGUGUACAUAUUUAUUCUUGAAGAAUCCUUUUUUUUCUGUUUCUUUUUCCUGUUGCUAUUUAUGUUGUUUUCUGUGUUUAUGUCUGUUUUUUCUGUAAUGCUGUUUUCAGUGAGCUCCAAUGGUCUCCUGUUGUUUCAUCUCUGUAUUAAAUGCACUUAAACAUGUACCUUAAGAUUUUUUUUUUUUUUUUUUUAACUCCGGUGUAUUUGUCUUUUAUCACCAGAACAUUCUUAAAACAAUUCAGUUUAUUUGUAGGGGAUGCUGAGUAAAUAUACCAAGUCAUUUGUGUCAAAAUAAACAAUUUUAUUUCCUUUUUAUG